AUGCUUCCAUCUUAUCGCAACCUCUAUGGCAUUGUGUCACUAUGCAUCAGUGUUUUGAUCUUCACACCUGUGCAAGCAUAUGAAAAAAUAUCUGAUGAGACAUUGAGCUCUCUUCCUCGUCCCACUUCCGAUUUCGAUAUUCACAAUGGCGCCUUGUUGUCCCCCAUACUGCAGACCCGCGUCCCUGGUACCCCGGGUUCCACCGCAGUCCUAAACCAUUUUGCCGAUUUCUUCCAAACUACACUACCAAAAUGGAAUGUCGAGGUCCAUAACUCUACCUCCAAGACCCCAAAGUCGAAGGGGAAAGACGUCCCUUUCCGAAACUUCAUUGCAACCCGCGAUCCUCCCUGGGCUCAGGUUGGUGACGUGGGCCGGUUGACAUUGGUUGCCCACUAUGAUAGCAAGAUCGAGCCGGAGGGUUUCAUCGGGGCAAUUGAUAGCGCUGCGCCAUGCGCCAUGAUCAUGCACGCGAUGCGCAGUAUCGAUGCUGCACUGGACAAGAAGUGGACCGCGCUACAGCAACAGGGGUUGGAUGAGUUCGUUGAAGCAGUGCAAGGCAUCCAAGUCAUCUUCCUCGAUGGUGAAGAGGCUUUCGCUGAAUGGACAGACACCGACUCGCUGUAUGGUGCGCGUGCUCUGGCUACGCACUGGGAAGACCAAUUCUAUCCAGCCACGUCAGAGUUCAAGACACCACUCUCGUCAAUCUCGAUGUUUGUCCUUCUGGAUUUGUUGGGCGCACAGAGUCCCUCCAUUAUGUCUUAUUACGAGACUACACAUUGGGCAUACCAGAAUCUGGGUGAAUUGGAGAAGCGUUUCAAGUCGCUGAAGCAAUUCAAGGCAACCUCGAAGGAUCCAUGGUUCAUCGAUACUGAGAAGGACGUGCAUAACCUCACUCCUUCGGGUGGAGUGUUGGAUGAUCAUGUUCCGUUCCUUGCCCGGGGCGUGGAGAUUCUGCAUCUCAUCGAUUUCGCGCCUUUCAAGGGAUUCCCUAAAGUCUGGCACACGAUUGACGACGACGGUGAACAUCUGGAUAUGGACACUGUCGAAGAUUGGAGUAUGCUUGUCACUGCUUUCGCUGCUGAGUGGAUGGAGCUGGAAGGUUACUUCGACCACCCCAAAGCAGCCAGUGCACGCAGAGACGAAGAGCAUGCUGCGUCGGAGGCUAUACGUCUGAACAAGAAGACCGAGCUGUAA